AUGGCAGCACUCAUCAACGUCCUUGCCUUAGUUCUCUGUCUUGCCCUCUUUUAUGAAGGUAUUGAGAGUUUUGGAUGCAAUCCUGGCAUUGUUAUCAGCCAAGAAAAACUGAACAAAACCAUCAACGGACAACAAAUAUGGAAUGCAACUGUGGAAAAUACAUGUGACUGUGUUCAACUUGAUGUAAAACUAAGCAUUCCCAAUUUCGAUUCUGCCGUUAAAGUUAACACUACCGUUAUCUCCAAAUCCCAUGUCGAUAUCUACGACGUUAAUGGAGGCCUUCCAAUUUAUCCACACAGUGCUGUUUUCUUCACUUAUGCUGGCCAAAAUCUCAACGUUACGAUAAGUGAUCAUACUGAUGCUUGUUCAUGA